AUGCUUCUUUGGCCAGAACACAUUGAAAGAGUUACCAUUAGUGUAACUACUUUAGAAAUAGUCCAGGUAUUAGUAAAACCUUUACCUAGAACAACUAGUACUUCAAUUGUACGAGUAUUUGUAAAUCCUACAACUACUACUGCGAAAUCAUAUACUAGUACAACUACCACUACAAUUACUAAAACUUAUACCACCUCUAUCCCAUCUCCUACAUCUACAAAUAAUCAAUUUAAUCAAACCUUUGCUGACUCUAUGCUCACUAAUCAUAAUGAAAAAAGAAGGCUUCAUGGAUCUCAAAUGUUGAAAUGGAACGAUGAUCUCUAUCAAUAUGCUCAAAAUUAUGUUAAUGAAUAUGAUUGUUCAGGAAUUUUAACCCAUUCUGGUGGUCCUUAUGGGGAAAACAUAGCCCUUGGAUAUUCACCAAUAGGAGCUAUUAAUGGUUGGUAUGACGAAGGAAAUGAUUAUCAAUAUGGAUCAGAAACGAUUUAUAAUCAUUUUACUGCUCUUGUCUGGAAUAAUACCAAUUCUAUUGGUUGUGCCUACAAAUAUUGUAAUUCUGUUUGGAAUGAUUAUAUUGUAUGUUCGUACAAUCCACCAGGAAAUGUAAUUGGCCAAUGUUCAGCAAAUGUAUUUCCAAUCAUAAUAUCUAUCCUAUAA